AGCGUCUCCAUCAAGUUUAGAGGAGAACGAGGAAGUGAGAAAACGAGCGAAGAGGAACUCUAAAGGAAAGGACUAGCGAGCUCGACUGUCAUUUUAACGCAGUUACUUUGAAGUUACUUUAACCGCAGAGCACAAUGGCCGAAGCAGACAUCGCACUGAUUGGUUUGGCCGUCAUGGGCCAAAACCUCAUCAUGAACAUGAAUGACCACGGCUUUGUGGUCUGCGCUUACAACCGGACCGUGUCCAAGGUGCAUGACUUCCUGCAGAAUGAGGCCAAGGGCUCCAAGGUGAUUGGAGCAGAGUCCCUGGAAGACAUGGUGUCCAAGCUCAAGAAGCCCAGGAGGAUCAUCCUGCUGGUCAAGGCUGGGCAGGCUGUGGAUGACUUCAUUGACAAACUGGUUCCUCUUCUUGAGGCUGGAGAUAUCAUCAUUGACGGUGGCAACUCUGAAUAUAGAGACACAACACGGCGGUGUAAGAGUCUAAAAGAGAAGGGCUUGCUGUUUGUUGGCAGUGGAGUAAGUGGCGGAGAGGAGGGUGCACGCUAUGGACCCUCACUCAUGCCAGGUGGACAUAAAGAGGCCUGGCCGUACAUAAAAGACAUCUUCCAGAGUAUCGCUGCCAAAGUUGGAACAGGAGAGCCUUGUUGUGACUGGGUUGGCGAUGAGGGUGCAGGUCACUUUGUGAAAAUGGUCCAUAAUGGCAUUGAGUACGGAGAUAUGCAGCUGAUCUGUGAGGCCUAUCACCUGAUGAAGGAUGUUUUGGGUAUGGACCACGAUGAGAUGGGACAGGCUUUCGACAGCUGGAACAAGACAGAGCUGGACUCCUUCCUGAUUGAGAUCACAGCCAACAUCCUUAAAUUCAGGGACUCUGAUGGUACUCACCUGCUGCCCAAGAUUCGUGACAGUGCUGGACAGAAAGGCACAGGAAAGUGGACGGCCAUUUCGGCCCUAGAGUAUGGGACGCCCGUUACACUGAUUGGGGAGGCUGUCUUUGCCAGAUGUCUGUCCUCUCUAAAGGAUGAGAGAGUGGAGGCCAGCCGCAGCCUGUCAGGGCCACAGGGGGUCAAAUUCAGCGGCGACAAGGCUGCCUUCCUAGAAGACAUCAGGAAGGCCCUCUAUGCGUCCAAGAUUAUUUCCUACGCGCAGGGAUUCAUGCUGCUGCGACAGGCCGCUAAAGAGUUCGGCUGGUCGCUGAACUACGGUGCGAUUGCCCUGAUGUGGAGAGGAGGCUGUAUCAUCCGAAGUGUUUUCCUGGGUAAAAUCAAAGAGGCAUUCGACAGGGACGCUGAGCUGCAGAACCUGCUGCUGGACACUUUCUUCAGUAAUGCUGUGCAAGACUGCCAGGAGUCAUGGCGCAGAGCAGUCAGCACUGGAGUCCAACAUGGCAUCCCCAUGCCCUGUUUCACUACUGCUCUGUCCUUCUAUGAUGGUUACAGACAUGACAAGCUGCCCGCCAACCUUCUCCAGGCCCAGAGAGACUACUUUGGAGCCCAUACAUAUGAGCUGCUCUCAAACCCCGGUCACUUCGUCCACACCAACUGGACAGGUCACGGUGGAAAUGUCUCCUCUUCAUCCUACAAUGCUUAAGGAUGAUCUCCACAUCACACAAAACAAGACCAAGGACGAGGGGAUGUUAUCAAUGAGUGAAGAUUUUAAACAUUCCACCUUUCACCCAUCAAAGACCCAGAAUAAACUUCAGCCGACUUUGUACUCCUCACAGAGACUUGUUGCAGUUUUAUUUAUCAAGAAGUGGAAGCAUAGGUUAUGUGCACUCUAAACAUUCCCCCGUUUGUUUUGAUGUAGUCAGACGGGGUGUGUCGACUCCAUCUGGAUAUUACACAGGCUGUCAGGAUAAUGUUCACCAGUCAUGUUGGGCACAGGGUCCACAGUGUUAACACUGGAUUAAGGUGAACCCUUGCACUGUCCUGUGUUAGACUAAAUAAAGAUUUUCAAUCCCUCUAUAAUUAGCUUGAAUGGUCC